CCAACAACUUCAGGCAUCCAUUGCAGUUGUGGAAUCCUGGUCCUACAGCAACACAGAAGAACUCCUGGGUCCAAAGGAAAGUGAAACGGACACUGAGUGUCUUUUGUUUGCUUCUAACACACUCGACCAACCGGAUGACAGAUGGAAAGAGGAAGUUGGUGAGGAUAUUGAACCUAGUAGUGAAGCUGUAGUUAGUUAUAGCAGUGAAUUGCUUCAAGAUACUCUUGGAACUGAAUCACUCUUGCAUCUGCCCCUAGACCUUGCGUUGCAAGUUGUUCAUGGAUUCGCUGCUGAACCCACAACAGAGGAGUUGAAGAAAGAGGAAGAGAGGAGGCAGGAAAGUGAGCAUGCCGAGGUGGAGUCCUCCACAUUUCUCAGCUCUAGACAGUCAUUAGAUCAAUCCCUUGAGUCAGACACUUUAACCAACAAAGAAGAGUUUGAGUCAUUCAAUAGCACAAUAAUCCUCCAAAGAGGAGAAGGUGAAGAGAAACUUGAACCUGUUGUAAAUGAGUCAGAAUUGCAAGAUGAUAUGAACUCUACUGGUCCAGGCAAUCAGGAAACGUUGCACCAAAGAGAUGAAGAUGAUGACUUUGUUGAUCUGAUAGUUGAGGAAAACAUAGUAAUGGCAAAUAUAACUCAUUUUAGACAACCAGACCAUGUAGAAAGCUUUGAACCUGAACAAAGUGAGGAUAUGACCUGCUUUUUACAAUCAACCCCCUCAGACAGCUCUUUGGGUCAUGACAAAAGUGCUCAAUCAGAAUCCAGGAGAAGAAAGAUGGGUUCAACUCGCAGGAAUCAUAGAGGUAUACAUGAGGAGGAAGAAGAUGGAGAGAGUAAGAUGCAUGGAUAUCGUUACCUUUAUGAUGAGGGAGAAGAGGUCAUUUUGGGAAAAGAAGAAAUGUUUGGCAUCGAAGAGACUGAGUUUGAAAUAUCUAUGGAGCCUAAAGAUAGCGCCAGUGUAGACGAGAAAGAAGGAGAGCAGAUGGAGAAUUUCCAAACAGAGGAAGACACAGAAAACAUAGGAGAGACAGGAAGGGGGUUGGAAAGAGACAUGGGAACAGUGGAAGGAUCUGGUGUUGAAACAUCGGAAGAGUCUCUGAUGUUAUUGGAACCGGAGCAUGGAGCAGAUGAGGAGAAGAAAGGAAUGGAAGAAGAAAGUCUGAUUGAACCCACCCCUUUUGAUCAAUACAUCGAUUCAUUUGGUAUUGCAGAUCAAUUAUAUAACCAAGAGAAAGGUAACAGAUUCACUGUAGACUCUGUAAAUACAGAAACUGAGAGCAACAAUGAAGCAAGCAUGGCCCACAUAGUUGACCCAAUAGAGCCCUUCAGUGUUGGACUGGACCAAUCAGGAGACACUUUACUCAGGGAGGAAGAAGUUAGUGAUUUCACACUGCUUGUGAAUAAUUCUGAAGUGAUCAAGUGUAGCCAAAUAGCAUAUGAUUGUGCUCUUACACUGGAGUCAGAUGACACUUUCAGCACUGAUCCCAAAAUCUCUCCUAGUCAACUCAUCCAAACUCCAUGUAUGGAAAUCACUAACCCCUUUCUCAAACCAUUAUUACCGCAUAGUAUUCAGGGGAAUGAGGAGGAUGCAAACACUGACCCCAAUACCACAGGGGGACUGGACACAUCAGAGGUCAUGUUACUCAGCGAGGAGGAAAUGAGUGAUCAUGUGCCGCUUGUAAAUGAAGUGAGUGUCAGUAGCCAAAUGACGUAUGAUGAUAGAACUCUCACAACAGAGCCCUGCCAAACAGAUGAGGCUUUGAGCACUGAUCCCAAUAUCUCUGCUAGUCAACUCAACCAAACUCCAUACUUGGAUGAAAGCCAUAACUCUUUUCCCAAUUCACUCUUACUGCAGAGUGUUCAGGACCAAGGUGAUAAUGCAGCAAACAUCAACUCCAAUCAGAGUCCUUCUCCAAUCAGGAGGAGAAAGAUGGGGUCGACUCGUAGGCAUCCUAGAGUUGUACAAAGAGAAGAGGAGGACACAGAGGAGAAACAAGAAGUGGAAAUAGAAAGCACAGAGAUAGAAGACAAGAGAGAACACAUGGAUGCAGAGGAAGGUUCUUGCAUGGAGUUUGAAAUGUUGAUGGAAUCUAAGGAUGGAGCUGGUAAUGAGAAGAAUCAAGGAGAAGAGAGAAAUGAGGAGACUGUCCUGACUGACCUCAGCUGUUCAUUCAGUACUUCAAAUCAAGAGGGAAAAAACAUAGAGGCUGACAAUAUAGAAAGUGAGAGCCAAUCAAUUAUAAAUCAUGCAAUGACAGCAAAACUCAUGCUUCUACGUCAAUCAGAUUUCUCUGAGAUUAGGGAAACUCUUCACAACCCUGAUGUUCCUAAUCUUGAGUCCCACUUGACUGAAGACACACUGAUUUCAACAGAAAAAGUUAGAGAGGUGGAGCAGAUAGAAGUUGAAGAGAAUACAGUCAUGGAGAGCGAGAGCAGCCAAACUGACACAGCUGCUCUUACAGUAGAUGUUCAAGAGUCAGGUGACAUGGUUUGUAUAGACCCUUACAUCUCUGCUAUUCAACAUACCCAAACAGCUGACAUGGAACAAUGUCUGUUAACACAAAGUAAUAGCCCCAGUCUUCCUUCGAAAUCAUCUCUGUCUCUGAGUUCCCAAUCUCACGAGGAUGUUGGUGAAUCCAAAGCUACAGGGAAGAGAAGAAAGAUGGGCUUUACUCAUUGGACACAGGGAGGACUCCACGUAGAGGAUGAGAAGCAGGAGACAGGAGAACAUAUAAGAGAGGCAAAGGUCAGAGCGGAAACCAUUGGAAAUCCAGAAGUCAAUGCUGUUUUGGAAAGAUUUCAAGAGGAGCGCAGGGCUGAAGCUGUCAGUCUGGAGGACCAACAGGAGAUACAGAGCACAGAGAAGGAGACAAUACUCAUAGAGGUGGUUGCCUCAAGCACGGUUUUGAGUGGAAAAGGGUCUGGACCAGUGGCUCCAGCUCCACAGCCAGGCCCUGGGAAUAAAAGAGGUCAAGAAAAGGCAGAGCGUGUGGAGAAGCCACCGGGUACCUUCGGAAGCUCUGGCUCUAGUUCAAACCCCUACAACGUGGUGAUGGUUGGAAACAGCAGUGUGGGCAAAACCUCCUUCAUGAGGCGUUUCCAAAGUGGAGAGUUCUGUCUGCACCACGAUGCAACCAUUGGUAUUGAUACCUGUAUACAGUCUGUGACAGUGGAUGGCAGCCCAGUGACUCUACAGUUAUGGGAUACUGCAGGUCAGGAAAGAUUCCACAGCAUCACCAGACAAGUGUUCCACAAAGCCCAGGGUCUAAUGCUGAUGUAUGACAUCACCUCCUCUCAGAGCUUCUGUGACAUCUGCUACUGGGUCAAUUGCAUUCAGGAGGGGGCUCCAGAUGAUGUCAUCGUUAUACUCCUUGGGAACAAGACUGAUUGUGCUGAACUAGAUCGAGAGGUUCAGACUCAUGAAGGGGAGAACCUUGCAAAGGGGUACGACAUGCACUUUAUGGAGUGUAGUGCUGCAACAGGUGACAAUGUGACUCUGUCUAUGGAAACUCUGGCAAGGAUGCUAAAGCAGCUGGGUGAGCAGACAAGACAAGAAGAGGGAAGCUUGGUGUUGCAGAAAGAACCGCCAAUGAAGAAAUCAGGCUGUUGCUGAUUAAGAGCAACAGUAUGGCUAGCACCAACAGGCUGAGGAACACAGCAAACGCUAUGAAGAAGACAUCUGCUGCCCACUGGCCACACUGCACACCUGUCACAACCAGGGGGCGCUCUGAAGGGAUCAGGUUGGUCAGGUUCAACAUGUAGCCCAGCGUCCAGUUGAUGUCUGUAUCUGCCACCUGAUAGACAGUGAUGUAUAUAAACAUAAACUGAGCAAAACAGAAACGUCCCUUUUUCAGGACCCUGUGUUUCAAAGAUCAUUUGUAAAAUUCCAAUUAACUUCACAGAUCUUUAUUGUAAAAGGGUUUAAACACUGCUUGUUCAAUGAACCAGAAACAAGUAAUAAACAUGCACCUGUGGAAUGGUCGUUAAGACACUAACAAACGUUAGGCAAUUAAGGUCACAGUUAUGAAAACUUAGGACACUAAAGAGGUCUUUCUACUGACUCCCAGGGUCCCUGCUCAUUUGCAUGAACGUGCCUUAGGCAUGCUGCAAGGAGGCAUGAGGACUGCAGGUGUGGCCAGGGCAAUAAAUUGCAAUGUCCAUACUGUGAGACGCCUAAGACAGCGCUACAGAGUUACAGGAUGGACAGCUGAUCGUCCUCGCGGUGGCAGACCACGUGUAACAACACCUGCACAGGAAUGGUACAUCCGAACAUCACACCUGCGGGACAGGUACAGGAUGGCAACAACAACUGCCCGAGUUACACCAGGAAUGCAGAAUCCCUCCAUCAGUGCUCAGACUGUCCGUAAUAGGCCGAGAGAGGCUGGACUGAGGACUUGUAGGCCUGUUGUAAGGCAGGUCCUCACCAGACAUCACCGGCAACAACGUCGCCUAUGGGCAUGAACCCACCGUUGCUGGACCAGACAGGACUGUAAAAAAGUGCUCUUCUCUGUUGAGUCAUGGUUUUGUCUCAACAGCGGUGAUGGUCGGAUUCACGUUUAUCGUAGAAGGAAUGAGCGUUACACCGAGGCCUGUAGUCUGGAGCGGGAUCGAUUUAGAGGUGGAGGGUCCGUCAUGGUCUGGGGUGGUGUGUCACAGCAUCAUCGGACUGAUCUUGUUGUCAUUGCAGGGAAUCUCAACGAGGUGCGUUACAGGGAAGACAUCCUUCCUCAUGUGGUACCCUUCCUGGAGGCUCAUCCUGACAUGACCCUCCAGCAUGACAAUGCCACCAGCCAUACUGCUCGUUCUGUGCGUGAUUUCCUGCAAGACAGGAAUGUCAGUGUUCUGCCAUGGUCAGUGAAGAGCCCGGAUCUCAAUCUCAUUGAGCAGGUCUGGAACCUGUUGGAUCGGAGGGUGAGGGCUAGGGCCAUUCCUCCCAGAAAUGUCCGGGAACUUGCAUGUGCCUUGGUGGAAGAGUGGGGUAACAUUUCACAGUAAGAACUGCCAAAUCUGGUGCAGUCCAUGAGGAGGAGAUGCACUGCAGCUUUUAAUGCAGCUGGUGGCCACACCAGAUACUGACGGUUACUAUUUUAACCCCCCCUUUUGUUCAGGGACACAUUAUUCCAUUUCUGUUAGUCACAUGUCUGUGGAACUUGUUCAGUUUAAGUCUGAGUUGUUGAAUCUUGUUAUGUUCAUACAAAUAUUUACAUGUGUUAAUUUUGAUGAAAAUAAACGCAGUUGACAGUGA